UAGCAUGGCCCGGGAAGAGGAGAAAGACGACACAAUUUACUUCCAAACUGUUCAUCUUUGGUACAAUUAGGGCCCAUGAAAGGAAUAUUAAAAAGAAAAGCACUUUAUUUUAUGUACAUCACCUCCUAUUUCCCUUUUCUUACACCAACAUACCUCUCUAUGCACUACGAGGCACAGAUCAUCCACCUCCUUCUCCUCCUCCACCACCACCUCCACCUCCUCUACCACCACCGCUGCAACGUCACUUCUCGAUGCAUUCUAACACUUUCAAAAAGUCACCAACCAAUAAAAAUUACACCAAGGAGCAAAAUAAGAGCAGCAUUGCCGGAAAACACCCGACAUACCGGGGUGUUCGCCUCCGGGAAUGGGGAAAAUGGGUAUCGGAGAUUCGCCAACCGAGGAAAAAGUCCAGAAUAUGGCUUGGAACGUAUCCGAGAGCUGAAAUGGCAGCUCGAGCGCACGAUGUGGCAUCACUUGCAAUUAAAGGCCACUCAGCAACUCUCAAUUUCCCCCAAUUGGCCCACAAGCUUCCCUGCCCUGCCACCGCCGCCCCUAAAGACAUCCAAGCCGCAGCUGCCUUAGCAGCCACUUCUGAAUUCGAUGAACCGGGCUUGGAUGACGUGGUAAUGACAAUGCCUGAUCAUAAUCAUCAAUCCAAUGAAAUUACCACUACUACUACUACUACAAGUUCAUCAUGUGAAACUCAAGAAGAGGAAUUGUUGGGUAGAUUGCCGGAAAGUGAAAGCAAUGAUGCAUUGUUUGAUCUUCCUGAUCUGUUACCGGAUUGUGUGGAUCGUGGACACGAGUUCUGUCACGCUUCGUGGUUGCAGAUGCCCCAGGUUGAUAUUGGUUUUGAACUUGAUGAGGAGGUGCCAUUUUUAUGGGAUUAUAACUAGAAGAUGAGCUUUUAUAUAUACAUAGAUUUUUUAUUAUGACAUAUAUAUGUAACUAUCUAUUUACAUAUAUAUCUUGAUUUCUUUCUAGUGCAUUUGGUGACCAUAUGUGUCUAUAUAUGUUUUUGAUGUUUAGCUCCAUUUCGUCAUACCAAUAUUAGUAAAUUUCAUAUGCAUGGUUUUUGAGGAAAGAUUAAGUCUUUCAACUGAUCUAGAAGGUGACAGAGGGACCAUAAACUAUGCAUAGUAAGUUCAUAGGAAAACACUAAUUGCACAUAAAUAAAUUCAUUAUAUGUGUAAAAUGUAGUGAACCUCUCACAAAAAGAUUAGACCUACGCAAUAUGAGACCAUGCUAAAUCCUAAAUAACCAUCUAGUGAGAGGUUAUGUGCAAGUAGUGCUGCUCAAGUUCAUAAAAGUCUACUCUUCAGUCGUGUCAUGGAAUGAACCGUGAAACCGUGUUGUUUAGAUCU